AUCACAUGUUCUUUUUUUUUUUGCCUUGUUUCGUUUGUUCAUUGGUCCAAGAUUAUUGCUUGCUGCAAUAAUACGAGUUAGCUUGAUUCAUAUUAGCUUGUCCCACUUUCUGCAUUAAAUGUGUCGCGCGUGACGUUAUCAUUCGCACAUAAAAGGAGAGCUUGGACAUUAUUUGAAACGAUUACCCGCGGCAGUGUUAUGUCUGCCGCUUUAGCUUACACGACAGCGCGUCGUGUUCUUCCGAAGUGCUUCGCGGGCCGUUUUCCAGUUCCCGGGCUGUCACUGCGCUACUGUUCAGUUGUCAACACGCUCCGCGUCAAGAAGGAAAUCGAAGAAAAGCGCAAAGCAGCUUUGCUCGGUGGAGGCGAUAAGCGCAUUGCUAAGCAGCAUGAAAAGGGAAAGUUGUCGGCGAGGGAGCGCUUAUCUAUCUUGCUCGAUCCCGGGACAUUUGUUGAGUAUGACAUGUUCAUGGAGCAUACAUGCAGUGAUUUCGGUAUGCAGAAGGAAAAGUAUUCCGGUGACAGCGUCGUGACCGGGCACGGCGAAAUUCACGGCCGCCAAGUGUUCGUGUUCAGCCAGGACUUCACAGUUUUUGGCGGAAGUCUUUCGAGUGUCCACGCCAAAAAGAUAUGCAAGGUUAUGGACCAAGCUAUGCUUGUGGGAGCUCCUGUGAUUGGUCUCAACGACUCAGGGGGAGCAAGAAUCCAGGAAGGCGUGGAAUCUCUGGCUGGCUAUGCCGACAUCUUCCAGCGUAACGUUCUCUCCUCUGGUGUCGUGCCACAGAUCUCUGUAAUUAUGGGGCCCUGUGCGGGUGGUGCUGUUUACUCUCCUGCCAUGACAGACUUCAUCUUCAUGGUCAAGGACACUUCCUACCUCUUCAUAACUGGCCCAGAAGUCGUAAAGGCUGUUACAAAUGAAGAUGUCACUCAGGAGGAGCUUGGUGGAGCCAAAACUCAUACAGUCACGUCUGGUGUGGCUCACAAGGCAUUUGAAAAUGACGUGGAGGCCCUGAUGGAGAUGCGUCGUUUCUAUGACUUCAUCCCGAUGAACAACAAGUCUGGGCCCCCUGUGCGGAAGUGUUUUGACCCCUGGGAUCGGAUUGUGCCAAGCCUGGACAGCGUGGUGCCCCUGGAGACGACAGCUGCUUACAAUAUGCUUGAUGUUAUCCUUGAUGUAGUAGAUGACCGUGACUUCUUUGAAAUUAUGCCAACAUAUGCGAAGAAUCUGAUUGUUGGAUUUGCUCGGAUGAACGGCCAGACUGUUGGCAUUGUGGGCAACAACCCUAAGUCAGCAGCAGGUUGCCUUGACAUCAACUCAUCUGUAAAGGGUGCAAGGUUUGUCCGCUUUUGUGAUGCAUUCAACAUUCCCAUCAUCACGUUUGUGGAUGUUCCUGGGUUCCUGCCAGGUACCGCUCAAGAAUAUGGAGGGAUCAUCAGGCAUGGGGCCAAACUUCUGUAUGCCUAUGCUGAAGCGACUGUACCGAAAAUAACCAUAAUCACCAGGAAGGCAUAUGGAGGAGCCUACGAUGUGAUGAGCUCCAAGCAUCUCAGGGGAGACACCAAUUAUGCUUGGCCCACGGCUGAGGUUGCUGUCAUGGGAGCCAAAGGUGCCGUUGCGAUCCUGUAUAGGGGCAAGAAGGAUGUGGUGCAGUACGAAGAAGAGUACAUUCGCAAGUUUGGCAACCCCUUCCCAGCUGCCAUCCGAGGCUUUGUUGAUGACAUCAUUGAGCCACACAUGACUCGCAAGAAGAUUUGUAAAGACCUGGACCUGUUGCAAACCAAGAAACUGAAGAACCCCAAGAAAAAGCAUGGAAACAUUCCUCUAUGAUUCCAGUUGCAGCAUUCUUUGUUGCUGGCCACCGGACAUUUUUCAAGCAUAUUCUAUUAUGUGCAUAGUAUGAGGAGUGUACCUGGGGCUUUCCAGUGCGUGUGCACAUUUCAAAUUGUACAGUGUUAGGUGUCAUGGUGUGUCUUUCUGCUGCGAUAUUGUGGCAAGCAUGCAAAAGAAGUAAAAUGUGCAAGGAUACAUGAAGUCACGAAAAGCUGCUGUGAUUAAGCCUAUUUUUGAAAUGUUGCAUAUUGCAAAUUCUGGGAUGGGUGGGUGUCACUCAUUCUUUUUCUGAUUCCACUGACUUGUUUCUAUGUUAGCUUUACAAUUGUCUACUCUCUUACAGGCUUGUUCUGAGUGCAGAAAGCCAAGAAAAAGCUUGCUUGUUUGAUUUAUUUUUACAUCAUCUUGAGAACUUUGUCUUUCAAGCUUGUCAUCUGCAGAAGGGAAAAAAAAAAGGAAGGUUGAUUUCACUGAGAAUUGCAUUUACUGUAAAACAGUUUAUUACUGUAAAACAGUUUCCUUAGAUAACAACCUUCGACAUAUAAUUUUGUUGACUCACUGUAGUCAUGUCAUUUGUGCUUGUUUUGAGCAUUUUAUGUGCUGACUGCUGUUCAUGGCACCAUUGUGGUUGUGUGGCACUUUGUCUUCGUAAGGUGCAAGCCUAAGGCUUGAGGAGUGACUGAGUGAGAUUUACACAUUUUAACUUUUUUUUCCUGAGGGUACAUGUCAAGGGGUUGCACGUCGUGUUCCGUGGAACAUGUUGCAAAAACUGCAGUGCGAAAUCUGUAUACAAAAUGAACAGUAUGUGAACAUAACACAAAUGUUUUACCUAAUUCUUUGUUUUAUUAAUUAUGUUUUAUUUGCUCACAUCGUUUUUCCACUGCUACCCUUCUCUUUUGUAGUGUGUGAAUCUCGCUGAUGCUUUGUGUAAUCCAGAGAUUGCAUUUUGGGCUUCCACUGUUCCUGCUGCAUGUUUGAAAAAAUUUAUGGUGCAUCUACUACACCCUGUUUUCUUUAUUGGAUGUGCUAAAAUUUUACAAUUUUUUUUCCUUAUAAUUUGUCCAUACAUGCUUCUUCCUAUGCGCAUUUUUGCUCUAUGUGCUCUUGCUUUUUCCCAGUGCUGUUUUGAUUAUAUUUUGCCAUACAUAACCAUUACAGAAUUUAGUCAAAGUAAAUGCAUAUACACCCGGAACCCUUUUGCAAUACCCAGAGGCUAAUCUUAGGAGGAAAUGGCAUGGUUUCUGUGCAAAUAGUUAUGGGAAACGUAUGUUCUUGCCGUGAAUUUUGAGAUCACUAGAAUGGCCGGAAUGUUUGGUUGGAAUUUUGCUAUUCUCACUGCAAUGAAUUGCAGAGGCUUUGGGAGAAUUCUACCUGAUAUUUGAUUAGCUGUUACUUAGUAGACUUGUGAUUUACUGGUGAAUGAGAUUGCAAAUAAUUAAAUUCUUCUUUAAUUAAUUGGAGGUGUUUUUUUUGUACCUAUUUUGUUUGACUUUAUCUUUUAAUGUCUAUGCUCAUUCCACACUGUGUUUAUAUGCUCCCAAUGAAUGCUCUGAAAAUUUACUUUUAUUUUCCUAUUCAUAGCAACUACUUUGUCACUUGUUGCGACAUGUGAAUGUGACAAAUGAAGUCAUUGCAUACCUUCCUAUGCAUUUAUUCUAUGUUUUGCUUUACUUUUGUGUCGUCAUUCAUUUCUAACUCGUAUUUUUCUCUGGGCCUGAAAGGUUCCUAACAUCAAUUUCAUGAGUACCCUUAUUUUCGCUUUUGACAGAGUACCGACUCAUGUAGAAGGUACUCAGGUGAACUUGCAGAGUCACAUAUCAUCAACACGAGUAUGUUUUUUUCCAACUGCUUUAAGAGCUAACCAAAUUUUGUACCUUUAAGUGAUUGACAUUAUAACCAUGGUGACAAUGUGAAUGAGCAAGUUGUAGGCAGUGUAACAGAAACACCUGAAUAGGGUGUUCUGACAUGCUAACCUUUGCAUACUUGUUUUUUUAUGGCUAAGCGAAGUAAUUCCCUGAAAUGAAUAAAAUCUGCCUACCAACAAUUUUGCAUGCUGCAUUGAACUUGCUUUCCCGAUUUGAAAAAGCAUAAUUGUCUUAAGUUAGUGUGCCACCUAUACUUUGUUUGGUCUCGUUUGACACUGUCUUCGACAGUUUGGCUGAGACCUCAGUGACUUAGGAACCAAUAAACAAGGUGACUAUUAA